AUGAAUGCAGUAGAUGUAAAUAAAGAUUUUACUAAUACAAUUAUUAUAUCUGAAAACCCUGAGCCAGAACAAUCUAGAAAUCAUUUUGAAGUCAAUUAUCUUGAUUUGGGAGACUUAAUUGAACAAGAAAAUCAAGAAUUGACUAUUAGUGUACAAACAGAAGAAAUAGCUGAUAUUGCUUAUCAAACUCACCUGACAGUAAAUCUGAAUAGUUCUAUAUUUCAAGACAAGACAUCAAAAGAAAUAGCUAAUCUUGUAAUCGUUGAAAUCAAAGUUCUUAAUGCUGUAGAAGUAAAUAUUUAUCAUGGUUCUCUUUAUCUAUGCUCAGACCUUUGCACUGAAAUGUCUAAUGAAUUACAGAAAGAAAUUAAAGCAUACUCACAUCUCACUACAAUAGAAUUAAAAAUCAUCUAUGACACCAAGGUUUUGAUAUCUCAAAAUAUUCUUCUAAGCAUAUCUACUACUGGAAAAAUAAAAGAAUCAGAUACUACUGCUAUUAGCUUUAUUACACCUCUGCUAGAAGAAAUUAAAAACCGUAAUAUUAGAAUUAGUGAGAUUUAUCUUGAUGCAACUUAUAAAACAGCAAGAAGGUGCUAUGAACUAUAUGAUAUCAUAGCUGAUGUAGAAGGUACUAGUUUUCCAAUUGCAUAUUUAGUCCUUGAUACAACAAAAGUAACGGAUACAAACUUUGUAUUUACUGGCAAGGAUUUUGCUAAAAUUAAUGCUGUAUCUAAAGCUACUAACGAAUUUGACUUCAUUGAUCCAGCUUUCUACCUAAUGGAAAAUGAUUAUGACCCUCAAAUUUUGAUACUUACACAAAAACAUUUUGAUAUGCAUCCUAUAAUACCUGUUGAUGCUCAAAGAACUACUCUAACACCAGUAGAUAUCAGGUAUCAUACUACUCCUCUAUUCCUUGUUCUAAAAAAUUGUGAAAGUAAUGAAACCAUAUCUGUUGUACCUAUUGAAAUUGAACCUACUAUUAAUAAUAUGCUUCACAAUAGUACUAAUAUUCAUGAAGAUCUAGAAGAAGAAGCAUGUUCUUUUCGAACAACUUGGACAUCAAAUAGAAAACCAUACUUGAUGUACUUAUUGUAUUCAGAAGAACUAGGUAAUUCUGAAAAAACAGGUUCCAGUAAAAGUAUUCUAGCUAAUAUGGCUAAUAAUACUGGUACCAUAGGUAUAGAAAAUACUAGAGUAUGUGAUAAAGCUAAUUGA